GGGCGCGCGCAGAUCCCGGAGGGCGCCCAGGAGGCGGCGGCUCCCGGCGCCGCUUCCGCUGGGGGCCGGUUCAUUGGCGCGGGGUCGCGCGGAGCGGCGGGAGGGCGGGCGGUGCCUGACACCUGUGGGCCGGCGGCGCACGGUGGCUGCGGAGUCGAGGCGGCUGGUGCAAGGUCCUGCCCUGACCACAGCUGCCCUUCAGGAGACUGGCCUGGAGCCACGGUCGGGCCACUGGGCUGCUUGUCAAGGGUGGGGCAGUGGCGACUUGCCGCCUUGCCUCGUCAGCCCGGCCUGGGGCUCCACCUGGCACUCGGUGCGGCCACGGAGAGAGCUCCAGGAGGAGCCCCGGUGCAGCAGGACCCCGGAGACCGGGAUCCAGAAAAAACCGCAGGAGAGACCAGUCAAGGUUCUGAAACGACUCGAAGAAAUUGACAGAUCUGGAUGGCCACGCCCGACAGGAGAGUGGUCUCCAGACCCCGGGGACCUGGCUGGGGGCACCAGGGGAGCGGGGCCUGCCUGGGCUCCCUGGACGACCUGCCACGUGAGGGGACCCAGGAGCUGGCACCGGCACAGCUGACCAUGCUGAGGAAGGCACAGGAGUUCUUCCAGACCUGUGAUGCCGAGGGCAAGGGCUUCAUCACCAGGAGGGAUAUGCAGAGGCUGCAUGAGGAGCUGCCCCUCAGCCUGGAGGACCUGGAGGAUGUGUUUGAUGCCCUGGAUGCUGACGACAAUGGCUUUCUGACCCCAGCGGAGUUCACCACUGGAUUUAGUCACUUCUUCUUCAGCCAGAAGAAGCCGAGUGAGGAAGAUGGAGCUGAGCACCUGGCCCAGCUCCAGGAAGAGAAGGUGUAUCAGACCAGAGGGUGUGAGGAUCUGGGUGACCUGGACGAAGAUGAGGAAGGCCAGUUCCAGAUGCUGAUGGACAGGCUUGGAGCCCAAAAGGUUUGGGAAGAUGAAAAUGACGUCAAGCAACUCUGGCUGCAGCUGAAGAAGGACGAGCCUCACUUACUGUCCAACUUUGAGGAUUUCCUGACCAGAAUCUUCUCGCAGCUCCUAGAAGCCCACGAGGAGAAGAACGAGCUGGAGUGCGCCCUGAAAAGGAAAAGUGCUGCCUAUGAUGAAGAGAUCCAGCACCUCUACGAGGAGAUGGAACGGCAAAUCAAAAGCGAGGAAGAGCAGUUUCUCCUGAAGGACACGGAGAGGUUCCAGGCGUGCAGUCAGGAGCUGGAACGGAAGCUGUUCUCCAAGGAGCAGGAACUGGAGCGGCUCAUCCAGAAGCAGAAGCGGCUGGAAGGCCAGUGCACCGCCCUGCACAACGACAAGCACGAAACCAAGGCUGAGAACACCAAGCUGAAACUCACCAACCAGGAGCUGGCCGGGGAGUUGGAGCGGACAUCCUGGGAGCUGCAGGAUGCCCAGCAGCAGCUGGAAAGCCUCCAGCAAGAGGCCCGAAAACUCCACCAGGAGAAGGAGAUGGAAGUGUACCGCGUCACGGAGAGUCUGCAGCGGGAGAAGUCAGGGCUCCUGAAACAGCUGGAUUUCCUAAGGGAAAGGAACAAGCAUCUUCGGGAUGAACGGGACAUAUGUUUUCAGAAAGACAAGGCAGCCAAGGCAAACACAGCUGCUUCCAAGGCAAGCCAGAAGCAGCGAUCUGGCUCUGUGAUCGGCAAAUACGUGGAUGGCGGAGGGACGCUCAGAAGCCAGUCAGAGGAGGAGGAAGAUGUGUUUGGCAUCCUGUGGAGGAGAAGCUCCCUGGGCCUGAGUGGGCACCCCCUUACAGAAGAGGGGCCGGGGACCGGGGGUCUGCUCCCCCGGCCGCUCCGCAGAAUCAUCUCCAUUGAAGAGGACCCGCUGCCCCAGCUGCUGGGGGGCGGCUCUGAGCAGCUACUGGGCCAAUGCCCGGAAGAAGGGAAGGCCUCCGACCAGGGGGCGGAGGGACAAAUCGGGCCAUCCCGACCUCUGGAACUCAUGCCUGCGUCUCCCCGAGGGCAGCCCGCUGGAAAAGAGACCCCGUCUAAGGAGGAAGGCUCUGUGUCCACCCCAGACCGGCUCUUCAAGGUCGUGUUUGUGGGCAAUUCCUCCGUGGGGAAGACGUCCUUCCUGAGCCGGUUCUGCGACGGCAAGUUCUCCCCGGGUUCAGCAGCCACCAUGGGCAUCGACUACCGCAUGAAGACCGUGCGUGUGGACGACUCGCGGGUGGCCCUGCAGCUGUGGGACACGGCGGGGCAGGAGAGGUAUCGCUGCAUCACCCAGCAGUUCUUCCGCAAGGCCGACGGCGUCGUGGUCAUGUACGAUCUCACAGCCAGGCAGUCCUUCCUGGCCGUGCGGCUGUGGCUGAGCAGCGUGGAGGAAGCUGUGGGAGACCACGUUCCCGUUCUUCUGCUGGGCAACAAAGUUGACAACGAGAAGGAGCGGGAAGUGCCGCGGGGCCUGGGAGAGCAGCUGGCCCAGGAGCACAACCUGAUCUUCUACGAAUGCAGUGCCUAUUCCGGUCACAACACCCAAGAGUCCGUGCUCCAUCUGGCCAGGAUCCUCAAGGAACAAGAAGACACAGUGAGGGAGGACACCAUUCAGAUUGACCGCCCCGCCAAGAAGAAAGCCUGCUGCGGCUGAUACAGGUCCCCUAGGACUCCCACCCAGGCCUGAGGCCACAGGGCCUACCCUGCCUCCUGCACAGAUGCCCUCACCAGGGCCCACCCAGACCUUUAUCCUUGUCAGCGAUGUCCCCCACCCCAAAGGAAGGAAAACACAUCCCGUCAGGAAAGCUGCUCUUGGAGCCUCUUGGGGUCUUUCUCCCCCUUCUCUGUCUAGACCCAGUUGCCUAUUCCUUUCUUGUUUCUCCCCCCAGCUUGGUUUCCUGGGGAGACAACAGAUGGGCUUUUCCAGAGAAGCCACCACGUGCCUUUCCCACCUCCCUUCUCGCCCCCUGCCCUUAGGAGCCUCGGCACUGAGGUUGCCAUGGCAACUAAGCAAGGCAGACUUGCUGCUUCCUGUAGGCCAAAGCCACAGCACUGGGGCAGCUGGUCUGGCCUCGGAGCCUGUUCUCUGGAUGGCAGUGGGAUACCCUUGGCAGGUGCUUCGUGGACGUUGAGAUGCCCGCGGGUGUUGAGAAGAGCACACUGGGGCACCUGCAUCCUGUUCCAGCCUCUCCCCGCGCUGGUCCUGCUCCUUCCCAAGCUCCCGGGCCCCUCCUCUCUCAGCAGCACCAUGCCUCCAGUGUUUGUCCCCUGGGUUCUCUGGAGCCGCGCCUUCCAAAAACCACAGCCUUUGCUCCCCACCGCCCACCCAGACCCCUGACGCCAAGCUGGAGCGUGGGUGAUAAAUGUGCGCCUGGGGUCAGCGAGUGGGCUUCUAACUGCUUGACUUUGACUAGGAGACGAAAAGAAAACCAGGGCAACAAAGCCAUCUGUUGCUGAACAGAGAGGCCAUGUCUGAGGGUAUAAAUAAGGGUAUAUAGCUAUGUAAGAGCCAUUUUCUAGAUGUUUCUCAAGAUAGCUCUUCAAAAUUUGUACAUGAUGAAUUAACAGGGUAGAUUGACAGGCGAGCAGGGAGGCCCAACACCAGGUCCGCAGUUACUAAUUUCACUUUAUGUUACUUUUUUCUAGAAGGCUCUAUUUUCUUUUUAAAGUGUGGCUGUGAUGUUGACACUUUGCUGGGGUCUGAGCGUGAACAGAGGGUAGCUGUCGGCCUUGGCACCCCUGUGAGGGCCCCGGCACAGGGCACUUGGAUGGAGGGGACUGAUCUGGGCCCGUGUAUGGGCCCGUCCGCUAGGUGGUGAGGUCCCAACCCCUGGCAGCGCUCCAGCAUCCCUGGCUGGUGUCCAGGGGGUUGGCAAGGGCACUCUUGCCCUGGCUGGGGGUUUGAAUGCAAUGAUCAUAAACAUCACUGCCUAUGACCAUUCUAGGGCUAGACCCAGGCCCCCCGUAGGAAAUCGGGUGAUGUGCAUGUGCGGUGGGGCAUGCAGGAAGGAAGGGAGCAGAGAGUAUCCACGGGCCUCCAAGAAGGUGAUUCAAGACACCUGCACACAGCCAGCCCGACCGCGGGGCGGGAGGGAAAGCCACUGGCCAGAGCUCCCAAGGGUAUUCCUGUGGCCUCUUUCCCAAACCAGCCUCAGGGUCAGAGCCCAUGGGCCACAAGCAAGCGGCAGCCGCCGCGUGCAGACUUUCUCUCUCGUCCAGCCUUCGCAGGCCCCUGGGAGCCCACAGAGGUGGGGGACAAAGCCAGCACUGGGCACCAGGAGGUGCCCAGGACCCUGGGCAAGCCUGCUCCCUCCCGGGCCCCCGUCGCAUCAGUAAAAUAAGGGGUGGGCUUUUUCACGCUUCAGGUUCUUCCUGUUCAGAGGGCUUGUGUCUAACUUAUGCUGGCCCCCAGUCCAGGUGUGCAGGGACCCACAGGCAGCUCCUUUCCCUAAGAGAGGGCACUGCUGAUGGUCUCACUAGUGGGAUGGGUCACCCAGAAGUGGCUCUCGAUGUCUGUGUGUGUGCAUGUGGAGGGCAGGUAGAAGAGAGGGGACAGCGUGGAGAAAGUGAACAAGCUCUCCCACUUCUGACAAAAAACAGAGCUGUCAACGGGACUCAUGGGGCCAGCAGGCGGUAGCCGGGGCUCCCUGAGCCCACAGGUGCCUGUGUACCCAGACAGUAGUCCCUGGCUUGGGUUUCGAGCAGGGUGGGCUGGCCCUAGUGCCUGGCCUUCCGGCAUGUUCGGUAAAUCCCCACGAACCCGCAAAGAUCCAGGCAGAAAGAGGGGCAGGAAGGGUCAUCAGGCCUCUGCUGCUUCCUUCUCCAACCCCACCUGAAAAAAAAAUGGCAGAGAGGGACCUCAGAGAGACUCAGACGUUCUGUGUCCCUGGGUCUCAGCUGCCCCUUCCCUCCCCAUUCCUUUGAAGUAACCCCAGUGGCCGCCAGCCCGGCCCAGAGCCUAGCACCGUGUGUCAGAAAAGCCUCCUAGCUCCACCCCUUGCUGCUGGCAUGACCCUGAGCAAGUCCCUUAAGCAGGUUUCCUGUCUGUCUGUAGACGGGAGGUUUCCAUGUCUACCUCACAGGGAUGUUUAGGGAUCACGGGAGGCAGUGCGUGUGAAGUGCCCAGGACACAUAGGUGCUGACAAGGAGGGGCUGUGGUCAUGGUCAAGGUCGAGUUUCUGCCCAGACCCCUUGCCUUGCCUCAGUUUCAGGUUGAGCAGCAGCUAACACUAAGCGUCCUCCCGUAACUGGGAACUGCACGGACACCACCUCGUUUGUGCGCCUGCUUGUCCAGCCCAUUCCCCCAGCUUCUGAGCUUGUGUCCAGCGCUGCCUCUUGGCCCUGCCCGUCUUUGUCCUGCGGGUUUCCUGGUUCUCCAGUCGGGCCCACGUCCCACCACCCUCCCUCCCUGCCGUGGUUCUCCCGGACUUAGCCCGUUCCCGGUGCUUACGCAGGGAUGCCCCAUGCUCGCUCCCCGAUUCUGAUUCCUUGGGCUUCUCCCGGGUCUGCUGCUGCCUUCACCCUGAGUGGCCCCCACGAGCUCCAUCACCACACCGACAGCCCUGUCGCUUUGCUCCUUGUCCCGCACUUAUUUCCCCUCACAGCCCCUCUGGGGUCUUUUCUGUUCCUCUGUGAUACCCCGACUUUCUCCCACUCUCCCCGCCCUGUACUCUUUCCCCAGUGUUCAUACCUCUGCCCAAUCUUGGAGUCCCCUCCCCCCUUCUCUCCCCCAGGCCCACAGGCGGCGUCUGCAUCCUCCAUCAUAAAUGGCUCAACCCUUUGUCUCUGUCAUGAGUGGUUACUGCUCCAAAGGGUCUUAAACCAAUUUCAGCUAAGGUGUUAAUGCCAGUGGUGUUCAGGGCCAUAUUGAUACUCUAACAAAGAACUUUAAAGGAGAGAAAACUUUAACUCAAAGGAGUAAAUCCUUAGUGCUAGACUAUUAAGCACCCUAAUGAGUCAUGGGGGUCAAGUAUUUAGGACAGAGCUGCUUCUCCUGUAUCCUCUUAAAGAUCUCAGUUUGCUUCAUGUACUUUGGGGCUCUGUUUCUAAGUUCUUAUAUAUUUUUUAAAAAUGUUUAUUGGAGUAUGUAGUUGAUUUAGAAUGUUGUGUUAGUUUCUGUUAUACAGUAAAGUGAAUCAGUUAUACCUAUACAUAUAUCCACUCUUUUUAAGGUUAUUUUCCCAUAUAGGUCUUUACAGAGUAUUGAGUGAGUUCCUUGUGCUCUACAGUAGGUCCUUAGUAGUUAUCUAUUUUAUAUAUAGUAGUGUGUAUAUGUCAAUCCCAGUCUCCUGAUUUAUCCCUCCCUUGGUAACCAUAAGUUUGUUUUCUACAUCUGUGACUCCUUGGUAACCAUAAGUUUGUGUUCUACAUCUGUAACUCUAUUUCUGUUUUGUAAGUAAGUUCACUGGUACUCUUUUAUUCAGAAUCCACAUAUAAGCAAUAUUAUAUGAUAUUUGUCUUUCUCUGUCUGACUUACUUCACUCACUUGUAUGUCUAUAAUUGUAUCUCUUCUUGAGGAAUUGACCCUUUAUCAUCAUAAAAUGUGCUUCUUUGUCUUUAGUCACAAUUUUUGCCUUAAAGUCUAUUUUGUCUGAUGUUAGUACAGCCACACCAGCUCUUUUGGUUGAUACAUCUUCUGCGUGAUAUAUCUUCUCUACCCUUUUACCUUCAACCUAUUUGUGCCUUUGAAUCUAAAGUGGUUCUCUUGUAGACAGCAUGUAGCUGGAUCACGUUUUUAAAUCUUUUCUUCCAGUCUCUGCUUUUUAAUUGGAAAGUUUAAUCUGUUUAUAUUUAAUGUGAUGGGUAAAGUAUGAUUUGUGUCAGCCACUUUGCUAUUUCUUUUCUGUAUUUCAUAUGUCCUUUUUGUUCCUCUAUUCCUCCACUACUGCCUUCUUUUGUUGUUUGUAUUAGUUAUUUUCUACUGUACAACUGUAAUUCUCUUGUAAUUUUAUUUGCUAUGUAUAAUUUAUUUGUUUUCUUGGUGGUUGCCCUGGGGGUCACCAUUAAUAUCUCAAUUUACAACAGUUUGGAUUAAUAAUGACUUAAUUCCAAUAGUAUAAAAAAUUUGUUCCUGUAUAGUUUCCAUUCCCCCCUCCCUGUUAUUAUUAUAAAUUACAUCUUUAUACAUUUUAUGCCCAUCAACAUAGAUUUGUAUUUAUUGCUUUAUGCAGUUGUCUUUUAAGUCAGUAGAAAGGAGUUACAAAUAAAAAAUACAUUUAUAGCAUCUUAAUUUAUUUAUGUAAUUUUACCAGUGCUCUUUAUUUUUUCAUGUUGACUGAAGUUGCUAUUUAGUGUCCUUUUAUUUCAGUAGUAUUUCUUGUAGGGCAGGUCUGCUAGAGACAAACUCUCUCAAUUUUGUUUAUCUGGAAAUGUCUUAAUUUAUCCUUUAGUUUUGAAAGAUAGUUUUACCGGAUAUAGAACUUUUGACUGACAGGGUUUCUUCCCCGCCCCGGUCAGUACUUUGACUUUACCAUCCCACUGUUUCUGGCCUCCAUGGUUUCUAAUGAGAAAUCAUCUGUUCAUCUUAUUGAGGAUCCUCUGUAUGCGAUGAGUUGCUUCUUUCUUGCUGCUUUCAAAGUUCUUUGUCUUUGUCAUCCAGUGGUUUGAUUUUUAUGUGUCUAACAAUAGAUCCCUUUGAGUUUAUCCUACUUGCAGUUCACUGAGCUUCUUGGGUGCAUAAAUUAAUGGCUUUCAUCAAAUUGGGGGGGGUGGUUAUUAUUUCUUUAAAUAUUAUUUUUGUUUCUCUCUCCCUUUCCCUUCCUUAUAGAACCUGAUUGUGCAUAUGUUGGCGUGCCUGAUGGUGUCCCACAGGUUUCUGAGGCUCUGUUCAUUUUUCUUUCUUUUUUAUUUGUGUUCCUCAGACUGGAUAAUCUCAAUUGCCUUAUCUUCAAGCUCACUAAUUCUUUCUUCUGCCCGCUCAGAUAUGCUGUUGGGACCCUCUAGUGAAUUUUUCAUUGUACUUCUAGUGAAUUUUAUUAUUGUACUUAUCAACUCCACAAUUUCUGUUUGAUUCUUUUUGAUAAUUUCUGUCUCUUUACUGAUAUUCUCUACUUGGUGAGACAUUGUUCUCACACUUUCCUUUAGUUAUUUAGACAUGGUUUCCUUUAGGUCUUUGAACAUAUUUUAAAUAGCUGGAUUUAAAAUUUCAAAGACCUCACACUGGUAGCCCUCUGCCCUGUGCACAAAUGAAGCUCUGCUUGCCAUCCCUGCUUUCUUUCUCCCACUUCACACAAUGUAGCCAGGACUCUGGUCUCCUUCCUUAGCCCCAUCCCAAACCUCCCCCCCAAAGUCUUUCUUCUCUUCUAGAUUGGAGGAGGGACCUUAAAAUCAGAAGUUGUUUAGAUCUGAGAAACCCUCCCCUCCACCUCGAGCUUUUGGCUGCCCUGCUGGAGAUGAGCCACUCAAGGAGGUGUCCAGUUCCCUGGGGAAGUGAAGGGAGGCCAGAAAUCCUCACGCAGUGUUCCCCCUCCUGCCAGGAAUCCAGACAUUCCACAAAGCUUCACUCACAAGGGAUAGGUGUGGGAAGACUGCAAAUCAGAAGCUUAUUUAAAAAGCAGUUUAAUUACUUCAAAAUAAUGAAAUCACAGUAUAUAAGCAUACAAAAACCAUGACUCAGCUGUCCUGUUGCUGACUGGCCCUAGGUUUCCUGCUAUUUCUCCUCCUGUCAUUCUGGGGACCAGAAAGUGGCUCUACAAAUUCCAACCAAUUCAGUCAAAAUCCGUACUCGUUAGUUAUUCCCUCCCUCCUUAUCCUGGGGUGUGUGUUGGUGGGGUGAGGAUGAUGCUGGUCGGCAGGAUAGGGAGCUUUCUAAACCUCCCCACUUCCUAACUAUGAAUGUUUCUAUUAAUAGACAUGCUAAUUAGCAGCAGCAGUAACAAAGAACACCGUAACUCUACCUUUCACACAAAUAGGGCACAUAAUCGAAGUGCCCUGUUUAGGAAGGACCCGAACGGUGCGUGGCAGAGGACCUGAGGUCAGUGUGGAGCCUGAGGAGCGCUCGCGAGGCUGGGCCAUUUAUCAUCCUUGGGCAGGACUGGGUCAGGUCCAGGGACUGAUCCCCUCCAAGGGCUGCGGCUUUAUCAGGGCUCGGGCUCUGAUCCAGAAGUGGUCAUUACAGGCCCUUGUCACAGCACCAGGAGAUUCCACUCCCCCAAAGUAAGGACUCCUAGGUCCAGUGAGGCCUGUGCUAUCAUAAUGAUUAUGACUGCACCCAUCUGACCUAUAAAAAUACAUACUACACAUAAAAACACUGCACUCCUAAGCAAAAAUGCCCAGAGAACAUGGAGAGAGGGGAUGGAAUCUUUUUUGACUCAGAAAGAAGAAUUGAAACGUGGUGCUCAAGGGGCAUAAGAAUGAGUUGGCGUCAUGUGACUGUGGAAGUGGGGUUCAACGAGCAGGUGUAGAGCUAGGUCACGGGCAGAGGGUUGGGGUGAUCCAACAUGCAGUCCAUGGGUUGCCAGGCCGUUCUGUAAAGUUUGGGUGUGGGGUUUAUCUAUACACAGUGUCCACGGACCGCUCCCCUGAGGGCACGAACAUUCACCUCUGUCACCUCAUUUUGGGCACAGUGUCUGGCCAGCAGUGUUUGCCUAAAGGUCCAGUUAAGAGCAGAGCAUCGUGUGUCGAGAGCAAGGCCCACCACUUGGUGGGUCACCCCACUGGACCCCUGGACCCCUGUGGCCUAGUAGACCCAUGGGGUUUGCCCGCUGGCUCCAAUGAGGAGCUGCUUCCGGCUUUAACACAAAGCGCUGAGGAUCAUUCCAGCUGCUGCGGUUUGAUUGCCUUUCAGACAGUGUGAGGCCCAUCAAAGCCUCUGUCUCAUUACCCUGCAGCCGCCGCGGCUCCCACUGGCAGCUCGACAGCUCAAUCUGACUUGGGCUCCGUGCCUCUGAGCAUUAAAAGAUACUUCCCUGCCCGGCCCUCUUCUUUCCUGGUGUGGAACCAGCCGCCUUCACCCAGGCAGUGCCUCUCCCAAAGGCUUUCUCUAGCCCCUAAAGACCUGUGCAGAGUGAGAACCUACAUACAAGUUUGUGGCAUUGGGCAGAACCUGGACCUGCCUGAUGCUCUGAGCCCCAGCUUCCCAGGCUAUAAAAGAGUUCUCUCUGCCCGACUACCGUCACCAGGCGUGUGUAGGUCAAAUGAGAACCCUGGGGACAGGGCUUAGUCAACUGAAAAUCUCUAGGCAAACUAGCUAUCACAUCUAUCUCCUGUGAAGAGACCAGAGCAAAACACAAUAGGCAAGAGAGAAAAUCGUUCAAGUCUUGGUACUGGGAGCAGCUGGAGUCUCACACAAGAGCAUUUCCCAUUUCCCUAGGCUAAUAAAACCAGGAAAGCCUGCAUUCCUCCAAGCUAGACACUUGGUCUAAGAACGCUCUGUACCUCCCCCCUCUGCGUUGAAGGUGGACGGGGGCCCGGCCUCCAGGCUCCAGGCUCCCCCUGGCAGGGUUCAGGUCUCAUUCACUUUUGUGUUUCCUAGGGCCUGACACGUAACAGACACCGGAAGGGUGGAUGGGCAGAUUUAAGACUUUGGCUGCCACACUCCCAAUCGAACCAUCUCUACCCUCCUGGUUUAUGAAACACUUUCACUUUGUGAUGAGGCCCAAAUUCUGGCCUUGGGGGGCAGUGAGUGACGGCUGCACACACGGUUGUGACUGUACUUAAUGCCUCUGAAUUGUACAUUUGAAAAUGGUUCAAAUUGUCACUGUAUGCUGUGUCUAUUUUCCCACAAUACAUUUCUUGAACAAGCUCUUUCACAAACGUUUAUGUUCCAUGAAUGAGUGAAGGACGGAUCCUCUUCAGUGCCACCACGGAGGCACUAAAACACCCGAUGUUUGUGUUGGGCUGUGUCAGGAGAUGAGGGAGCGGGAAAGGAAGACCAGCUUGCUGACAGCCCUUGAGCUUCAGGGCACCGAGGGGAGGAAACACCUGGAAACCCACAACUAUACAUUGACGCAUCAUAAAAACGGGCUUCCCUGGUGGCGCAGUGGCUGAGAGUCCGCCUGCUGAUGCAGGGGACACGGGUUCGUGCCCCGGUCCGGGAAGAUCCCACAUGCCGCGGAGCGGCUGGGCCCGUGAGCCAUGGCCGCUGAGCCUGCGCGUCCGGAGCCUGUGCUCCGCAACGGGU